CAAAAAAAAUCAAUACCAUUGCAGAUUUAAUCAAUACCAAUACAUGCAAAUUAAUACCAUUAUAUGAUAAUCAAUACCAAUGCGACAAAAACAAUACCAAUGCGAAAAAUACUACCAAUACGAAAAAAUCACUACCAAUGCGAAAAAAUAAGAUCUAGGGUUUUUAUUCAUCCAACCUUUUCCAGCCGCCUGUAGAGAGAGAGAGAGAGAGAGAGAGAGAGAGAGAGGAGGAGGAGGAAGGAGGCAGGGACGAUGGGGGGAGGGGGUGGGGUGGUUAGGGGAGGGGUGGGGACGGCGGGGGGAGGGGGUGGCUUGGGAUGGGGAGGGGAGAGGCUGGCGAAGGGGAGGGAUGAGGAGGAAGAGAGGGACGACAGGACGGCUGGGGGUGGAGAGGGAGGGACGGCGAGGGAGAGGAGAGGCGGAGAUGAAGAACAUCUUUCGCUAGAGAGAGAGGAAAGAAGACAUAUAAUAGUUUGUUAGGAUUGGGAUAAUUAUUAGAGAUUUGGAAAAUAUAUGGAAAGUUAUAUUUAAAGGAUAGUAAUCCAGUGUGGCUAUUAUUUUUUGUCCAACAUUAACCUCAAUCAAUCAUGACUGUCAAUUUAAAAUUUUUGAGAAUGGAGAGUAGAGAUAUAGGUAGCCACGAUGGCUACCAAAAAAAUGGUAACCAUCCUAACCCAUUCCGACAUUGUUGUACAAUUCAUUAACAUUCGCACGGCCGCCGCCGAGAAGUCCAUUGUGUUUCAGGUGCGAGUUUUCUUUUCCUGCUUUAACAAUGUCUUCUUGUGAUCAGGGACGGAGCUAGGAUUCUUGAUUAAGGGGGAGGGGGGGGGGGGAAUUUUUUUUCAACAUACCGAUAAGAAAAUUUUAAUUACGUACAAUGAGUUUACAAAAUUUUUGGUACAUGCCACUUAAAAUUGAGUCAAAAUUAAAACGUAAGGACUUAUCCCUUCUAAACUCAUGAUAAGAGAACCAUGUAUUUCAUAUACCAAUUUCAUAAUUCACAAAUUCGAAUACAAUCCAAUAGUAAAAUAAAGUAGUCGAGAUCUAAUAAAUAUGGACAUGAAGAUGAUAAAUUUUGUCAAUACGAAGACAAUUGUAAAGAAAUCGACAACAUAACUAAAAAGUGCAUAGAAAAUUCAUAUUAACUAAAAUAAACAUAUUAAUACAGAGGCAUAGUUCAAACUCUUACAUCUCCGCCACAUAUAAUAUCAGUUAUGUCUCAUAAUCAUCAAACACUACAUUGACUAUAUUCUUACGUUUACAUGUGUUUUUCAAAAUUUAAGAGUUAUAGUCACUAAAUGAAAUCUAUGAUUCAUAAAAGGAAGAGUGAUGCACUAAAUAUAUGUAGAUUGUGAAUAUUAGGAAAACAGGAGGUCAAAGGCUGGGUCGGGUCACCACUCACCAACCCCACGAUUGAGUUGGCGAAGAGGUGCCAAAAUUAAAAUUGGCUUGAAAAAGAAGAGUGAAGUUUCGAACCAGAAACCUUUCUUUAAGGACUACUAUUUGCUAAGCGUUAUAACCACCACACCAUCUCUACUUAAUACAUUAUCUACUUAUGCUUUUGCUUAUUUAUAAAUUUUAGGGGGGGGGGCUCCUAAGUACGAGCUAGCUCCGUCCCUGCUUGCGAUCUAGAAGAUAAGUUUAUCCCUCGUUUUCGUUGUUCUUUCACUUCAUACAAAGGGGAAAGAAAACAAGGUCAAUUCUCCGUCUUAAAAGGAGAGUCUGAUUUCCUCUCCACCGGUGGCCGUCAAUACAUUCCCUUUUACCAGAUCAUCACCUCCGCUGGAUUGGAUCCAAUUCGUUUUUUUUUUCACUUUGCCUAUGCGGAUUCUCCCUUUUGAUUGUGUGACUUGGAGGUGGCAGAUGUGGCGAUCCUCCCUUUUGGUUGUGUAAAAACAGUUUUAUAGGCUAUCAAAUACAUCUUCGAGCAAAUAUAAAGUCAAUUCAAGUUAAAAUGACUAAAAAUACGAAUUAACAAUGCAAAACAGGUCAUAUAAUGAGAUGAUAAGAACAAACAGAGGGGCACGUUUGAAUGUUGUCUAAUAGUAGAAGGGUAGGAUUGAUUGUUGAAAUAAAUAGCAGCUGAUAUGCUUGCAGCUGUCGUGUUUGACUAUUUGUGGUGUUCAAGUUGGGCUUCAACGUUCCAUGUAGAGUUGGGCUGGGCUUUGGCUAUUGUGUCAUUUGUAUUGUUUAUAUUUCUAGCUAGGUUGUGUGUCAAGAGAGUUUGCUUAAUCAGCCGUAUAUAGAGGGUUCUGUUACUAGGAAUGCUAAGUUUUAGGGACGUGAGGAUGAGGGCAGAGAUAAGCGAGAGAUUGAUCAAGAGAGAUGUAUAUAUAUUUUGUUUUCCAUUCAAUAAAGCUUUUGUCAGUUUGCGGCAUAUUGGUUUCAACACGUGGUAUUAGAGCCAAUAGCAAACUGUAACCACGUUUCUAAGAGUGUAAUUUAGUGUGUGUUUUUUCAAGCUGGGCGUAGGGAAACACGAGAGCUUUGGUGAGGUAGUCUGUCAUUGGUGAGUGUAACAGAAAAGGUAAAACGAUUGUGUGAGGGAGUAGUGAUCAAUUGAUCAUGGGAGAUUCAAGCUUUGUGCAAGCGUGCAUUCCUAAGUUUGAUGGAGAUUUUGAUCAUUGGAGUCUCCUGAUGGAGAAUUUACUACGUUCAAUGGAAUAUUGGACUAUUGUGUGUGAAGGAACCAAGGAGCCAAAGGCUGGAAUUGAGUUGGUUGCUGCCGAAAAGAUGGCCUUGGAGGAGUCGAGACUGAAGGAUCUCAAAGCGAAGAAUUACCUAUUCAGCAUCAUCGACAAAACCAUCUUGAAGACUAUCACUUGGAAGGCAACUUCGAGGAGCUGUGGGAUUUGAUGAAGACCAAGUUCCAAGGGAGUGUUAGGGUUCAAAAGGCUCGGUUACAAUCAUUGAGAAGGGAGUUUGAAGUCCUAGAGAUGCAGAAUGGAGAAACAGUAACAUAGUAUUUUGGCAGGGUGAUUGUGGUAGUAAAUGCCAUGAUAAAUUGUGGAGAAUCCAUCUCUGAGGUCAGGAUCGUUGAAAAGAUCUUGAGGAAAUUUAGUGAACAGUAAAAUUACAUAGUUUGU